AUGACGCACUUCCAAAUCCAGAUAAUCUCCGACACCAUCUGUCCUUGGUGCUAUGUGGGCUACCGCCGCCUCUCACGCGCCAUAACAUCCCACCAAGCCAGCAACCCCAAUGACACAUUCAGCCUACACUGGAAAGCCUUCUACCUCAACCCGGCAGGCACGCCCUACCCGGGCGUGAACAAGGCAGAGAUGUAUGCUGCGAAGUUCGGGGCCGGGCGGACGGAGGCGAUUUUCGCGCGGCUGGCCGCUGCCGGCGAGGGCGAUGGCAUUAGGUUUAGCUUUGGUGGGAACACGGGGUCCACGAGGGACUCACAUCGGCUGCUGUGGUUUGCUGGGCAGAAGGAGGCGGAGAGUAGUCAAGGUGGGAGUGGUGGUGGUGGUGAAGUGGGCGGGUUGCAGACGCGUGUUGCGGAGCGAUUGUUCCGUGCUUAUUUUGAGGAGGAGAAGAAUAUUACUGAUUUGAGGGUUCUUGUUGAGGCGGGUGUUGAGGGGGGUUUGGAGAGGAAGGCUGUUGUGGAUUUGCUUGAAGGGGAGGGUGGUGGGGAGGAAGUUGAUGGGGAGGCAAAGUUGGCUGCUAGCAGACUUGUUUCGGGGGUUCCUUAUAUUUCUGUGCAGGGAAAGUAUCAUGUUGAGGGGGCUGAUGAGCCGGAGACGUUUUUGGAGAUUUUUGAAAAGGUGAAGGCGGAGGAGAAGUAG